AUACGGAAUAUCUUCUGCAAAAGAAAUAAAGAAGCACCGAACAGAAUUUGCAACACCAAAGCCACUACUUUAUAUAUGUCACAACCACCACUGACCUCCUAGUUUGAGGGAAGCCUUGAAGAUUGUUUGGUUGCCAAAAUGGUUUCUUCUUCUCCUCCCACUUCCAAGGAAGAGCAGUCGUCCAUUGAGAAAUGGACGGAAGGCGAUCCCGCUCGCCGAGCAAAAUGGUGGUACUCAACUUUCCACACUGUCACAGCCAUGAUAGGUGCAGGUGUUCUCAGUCUGCCCUACGCUAUGGCUUACUUAGGCUGGGGACCGGGGACAAUGGUUUUAGCGUUAUCAUGGUGCAUGACCUUGAACACGAUGUGGCAAAUGAUACAGCUGCAUGAAUGCGUUCCAGGGACUCGAUUUGAUCGUUACAUCGAUCUUGGAAGGCAUGCUUUUGGGCCAAAACUGGGGCCGUGGAUUGUGCUGCCUCAGCAGUUGAUUGUUCAAGUUGGGUGCGAUAUUGUGUACAUGGUCACCGGAGGAAAAUGUCUGAAGAAGUUCAUGGAGAUGGCCUGUGAAACUUGCACACCUAUCAGGCAAUCUUACUGGAUUUUGAUAUUUGGUGGCAUUCAUUUCUUGCUUUCUCAGCUUCCUAAUUUCAAUUCUGUGGCCGGCGUUUCUUUAGCUGCAGCAGUCAUGUCCCUCAGUUAUUCAAGCAUAGCCUGGCUGGGUUGCUUAGGCCAUGGUCGGAUUGAUAACGUGAGCUACGCAUACAAACACACAAGCACAGCUGACUACAUGUUUCGUGUGUUUAAUGCUCUGGGUCAAAUUUCUUUUGCAUUUGCUGGCCACGCUGUUGUCCUAGAAAUCCAAGCUACAAUUCCCUCAACACCUGAGAAGCCUUCUAAAAUACCCAUGUGGAAAGGUGCAAUUGGUGCUUAUUUCAUCAAUGCAAUUUGCUAUUUCCCAGUGGCCCUUGUAGGCUAUUGGGCAUUUGGACAAGAUGUUGAUGAUAAUGUGCUUAUGGCACUCAAAAGACCUGGAUGGCUCAUCGCCUCUGCUAAUUUGAUGGUGGUGGUUCAUGUCAUUGGGAGCUACCAGGUUUAUGCUAUGCCUGUUUUUGCAAUGCUGGAGAACAUGAUGAUUAAGAGAUUGAACUUCCCACCAGGAAUUGCACUUAGACUUGUAACUCGAACUGCUUAUGUAGCAUUUACUCUGUUCGCCGGAGUCACCUUCCCUUUCUUUGGAGAUCUUCUUGGUUUCUUUGGGGGAUUUGGUUUUGCUCCCACAUCAUAUUUUCUCCCUUGCAUAAUGUGGCUGAUAAUCAAGAAACCCAAGAGAUACAGCACCAACUGGUUCAUCAACUGGGCUUCCAUAAUCAUUGGAAUGUUCAUAAUGGUAGCGUCUACAAUUGGUGGAUUCCGGAAUAUUGUGACUGAUGCCUCUACAUAUAGGUUCUAUACAUAGAUGAUGACAAAUGAGCUUAGUUUCAAGACACUAAUGUUUCUUAAUGAUGCUUAGAAUAAGCCUUUUAUUGAUUAAGCAAGUAAUUGACAUCCAAGUGUUUGAUCUUUUUCCUCAACCAAUCUGCAAAGCUCUUUAUUCA